GUGAAAACAUUACAAACGCUGUUCUCAAACAUCAUAUGGUAGACGAUUUGGCAUUACAAUAUCAUUAUGACGGCAGAGUAAACUUCACUGCGUUCCUAAAGUCACGUGUCUACGAUUGUUUAGAAGGUCAUGUACUGACACGUGGUAAUCUUACACUUGAGUGUCAGAAAGAGGGACAAUGGUUCGGAGAUCCUCCCGUUUGUAAUGUCACCUGUCGGGACCCUAUCCAUGAGAACAGUACAACUCUACGUGAAACAAGUUCAUUUCCAUUCUAUUUUGAGGGAUAUAAUGUGACUUACACGUGUAAAAGACACCAUCGUCACUCUGGCGGGGAUCUUACCAGAUUUUGUAACGGCAGUGGCAACUGGACAGGAGAAAAGCCUGUUUGUAAACGUUGUAAAUGUCCAUGUAACAGAGUCCGAUCCCAAAAUUUUAUCAAAGACCCGGUAAUACUCAAGAAUCGAAUUAAAAAACUGAAAAAAGAACUGAAAGUGAAAAUGGAAAAUCUUUCCUCAACUUUGAGAAGUAAGACGUGUGCCAAGGACGACAGGCAGUCUUCAACCGGCAUCGGCUCCAUUCUGGGAGGUGGAAUUAUCACGUUUGUCGUGGUCCUCCUUGUUAUAAGUGACCUUCCGUUGCUCUACAGACAGAUUCGUCAUGGACCAUAG